AUGGAGGCUCCAGGCAAGGUGCACAUGAGGCUAGACCCAGCAAGUACCGCACACGCCGAGGAGUCACCAGUAGAGAAGAAAGUGGAGAAGCAGCCGACGAAGGUUCGGCCAUCACCAGCGAUUGAUUAUUCUCGCCUUCCGUUUCCCGCCCGCGCUAAGCAGCAGAAAUAUGCUCAGGAAUACGGGAAAUUCCUCGAGAUGUUCACACAGUUGAAAAUCAAUCUUCCGUUUAUCGAGGCGCUUCAGUCUAUGCCUAAGUAUGCAAAAUUUCUCAAAGAUCUUUUGAAGCGCAAGGAGAGAAUCAGUGAGCUUUCGAAUAUUCCAUUGACGGGAGGUUGUUCCGCGGUAGUCUUGAAUAAGCUGCCAGAGAAAUUAACCGACACUGGUACUUUCACGAUUCCAUGUUUCUUUGGGGGAGCCGUUACCCCCGCUCAUGCUCUAGCCGAUUUAGGGGCCAGCAUCAAUCUGAUGCCGUUUUCGUUAUACGAGAGGCUUGGUUUAGGAGAGUUGACACCCACGCGCAUGUCAUUGUCCUUGCCUGACCGAUCAGUCAAGUAUCCUCAUGGGAUAGUGAAGAAUUUGUUGGUAAAGGUUGAUAAGUUCAUAUUUCCGGUAGAUUUCAUUGUGCUUGAUAUUGUUGAUGCAUGGAAUGUCUGUUGA